AAGAGAACCUCACAGCUCACAUAUCAAAUCCUCUUGCUUGUCAAAGUUUCUUGAGAGAGAGAAAGAGAGAGAGAGAGAGAGAGAGAAUGGGGAGAGAAAUUGUGAGAGUAGAUGAGAGUUUGGAGUGGACAAAUUCUUCUUCUUCUUCUUCAUUGUGUUCAAGAGAUGAUGAGGAGAAGAGAGUGCAGCCUCUAUUGGCACUGAACCAUGUCUCCUUUGUGUGCAAAUCUGUGAGCAAUUCUGUGGAGUUCUACGAGAGAGUUCUGGGUUUUGUGAUGAUCAAGCGACCCUCUUCUUUCGACUUUGAAGGAGCUUGGUUGUUCAAUCAUGGGGUUGGGAUCCAUUUGCUAGGAGCAGAAAAUGUACCAAAAAAGAAAGGGAAAAUAAACCCAAAAGACAAUCACAUAUCAUUCCAGUGUUCAGACAUGGACUUAAUCAUCCAGAAAUUGGGUGAAAUGGGGAUUGAAUAUGUGACAGCAAAGGUGAAGGAAGGUGGUGUCAUAGUUGAUCAGCUCUUCUUUCAUGACCCUGAUGGCUACAUGAUUGAGAUUUGCAAUUGCCAAAAUCUCCCUGUGCUUCCCCUCUCAUCUUCAUGCCCUCUCAAGCCUAAGUUCCCAAAUGCCAUCACCACUCAACAACCCCCCUCUUCGUUUUACGGGAAAGUAAUGUCUAAAAUGCAAUGUGCUCCAGAGGUGGAACAUCUAAUGAUGGAGAACUUAGCUGUGGACAUGAUGGACAUUUCCUUUUGAGGUGUGGCAUGCACUAGAGAAUGAUUUUCUCCAGCCAAACAUCCCUUUGUAGCCUGCAAGAAAAAGAGAGAAAAACAAAACAAAACAAAAAUUAUUGAAAAAAUAAAAGAAAUGAGGAAUUCUGCAAUGAUGUAGAAAUCUUAUGUACCAUAUACCAUGUUAUAUUAUGACUGGGGAGAGUUGAUUUGUGAUGUGUGAAGUAUUAUUGAUUGUAUAUAACAAAGUAUUCUUUGUUUCUAUUA